AUGGCGGAGCGACUGCACAAUACCAAAAUCAAAUGGAAACCCAUCCCUGUCGCAUUGGGUAUCGCCGUCGUAGGCGCUGUCUUCUACAAGAAGAAAUUAGCAGGACAGUAUAGUCAAGAUGUCCCUGGUCAGGAAAAAAUUCGACCGACAGGGCCAUGGCAAGUGUAUGUUCUCGAAACACUCCCACUCCGCAGCAUUUCGCGUCUCUGGGGACGUUUCAACGAGAUUGACUUGCCCGUCUUUAUGCGCGUACCGGGCUAUCACCUCUACAGUUGGAUCUUUGGUUGCAAUCUAGAUGAAAUGAAGGAGAAGGAUCUCAAGCAAUAUCGCAACCUCGCACACUUCUUCUAUCGCGAGCUUGAGGAAGGGUGUCGGCCCAUCGAUACGUCUGCUUUGAUUGUGUCUCCAGCUGAUGGCAAAGUACUUCACUUCGGCAAGAUUGAAGGACGUCGCGUUGAGCAAGUCAAGGGACUCUCUUACUCGCUUGAUGCACUACUAGGCGGUGAAGGCAAUGGUGAUGCGCAGUCUAUUGCCUUUGAUGCGAUGUCUGACGAUGAAGUCAAGAAUCAGGAGCAAUUUGCUGAUAUCAAUGGUAUCACCUACUCACUCGACGACCUCCUCACAGGCAAGAAAGAGGACUCUGCGCAUCGCGAUGAAGAAAAAUCUGACGUCGCAGUCGUCGCUGCAGAUGUUGCAAUGACGCGUGCAGAUGGGAAACAUCUCAAUCCAGGCAACAGCUUGUUCUUUGCAGUGGUGUAUCUCGCGCCAGGCGAUUACCAUCGUUUCCACUCACCCACGAAUUGGGUUGUUGAAAAGCGGCGGCAUUUCGCAGGUGAACUAUUCAGCGUGUCACCCUAUAUUGCAAAACGCCUUGCAAAUUUGUUUGUGCUCAAUGAACGGGUGGUGCUGUUUGGACGUUAUCGACAUGGCUUCUUCUCCAUGACACCUGUAGGUGCGACCAAUGUCGGCAGUAUCAGGAUUGCCUUCGACAAGGAUCUCAAGACGAACACAUUGACAAAGGAUAAGCCAGAACAUGGCUUUGUUGAGGCAACGUAUAAGGCGUCCAGUAAGUUGCUUGGAGGACAUCCACUCAGAGCAGGCGAAGAGAUGGGUGGCUUCAGUUUAGGCAGCACGAUUGUGCUCGUUUUUGAGGCUCCAAGUAGCUUCAAGUUCGUUGUAGAGAGCGGGCAGCACGUCAAUGUGGGUGAAGCACUGGGCAAAGAAUAG